AUGACCAAAUUUUCCUCUCUCAAAAAUGCCAUUCCUCGCAAAACCAAGAAGGAACGAUCGCAACCCAAAUGGCGUCGGGAAAUGGGUUAUGGUACUCUUGAAAAACACAAGGACUAUAAAGUGAGAUCCCGAAAGGCUCAUCAAAUAGAGGAACAAAGAAAAUUAUUAAAUGAACAAAUCAAGAACAAAAACAACGAAGAAUAUUAUAUUGAUAUGGCUCAUUCUCACAAAACCGAUACUGGAACCACAAUCGUUGAAAAGAUUCCAACAUUAAAGAAAAAGAAGGAAGCUUUAAAUAAUUUAAAAAAAACAAAGAGAGAACAGAGAAUACAUGUGCAACAAAAUGCCGAAAAGAAUUUAAAUUUGCUGAAAAUGAAAUUACAAAUAAUUAAUAACAAUAUUACUAAAUUGAGAAAGAGUUUAGGAUUUUUAGAAUUGGCAUCGAAAACUGAUAAAAAAGUGAAACACAAAAUUUUCGUAAAAUCGGAGGAAGAGUUGGAACAAUUCGACCCUGUGGAGCAUUUUGACACAGACCCACUUUUAAUUACACAAACUCAUAACAGAAUUAAGAGAAAAACGUUGGCAGAAAUGCCGAUUCAAAGCUACGCUCCAAAUUCAGGAGCUGAUGCUUACUCCACAUCGACCACUGAUAAUGCAACUCUUGAAGCCUAUAGAAAAUUAGAAAAGCUUCUCUCAAAGAAAGAGACUAUUGAAAAUACAAUCAAUGAUGUUGAAGUUGCUUUACAAUUGACAGUUUCCAAAGAUCAAAUUGACACUAUUGAGAGAGACAAGGAAAGUACAAGGAAAAAUCUAAAAGGAGAUUAUUCAGAUGUAAAGACUAUCAAGUUCAAAAAGGAAAGAAAGAGAUGA